UGGAGCCGCAGCAAAAUGCUGGAUGGACACCUUCUCCUGGGAUGGUUAUCGUUCACAAUUAUAGUGUAUCUUCUAAGCGUGCCUGGACCCACUACAGCAUACUUUGGACUGACAGGUAAUGAACCAUUAUCUAUCCUGCCACUGAACUCACUACCAGAAGAGACCAUGGGCAAGGCCCACUACAAGCUUUGUGACCAGCUCAAACUGGAAAAGAAGCAGCGCAGGAUGUGCAGACGAGACCCGGGCAUGGCGGACACUUUGAGGGAGUCCAUAAUCAUGAGUGCCCUAGAAUGCCAGCACCAAUUCCGCUUUGAGAGGUGGAACUGCACCUUGGAGGGGCGCCACCGGAGCAACAUAUUAAAAAGAGGAUUUAAAGAGACAGCCUUCUUGUAUGCCAUCUCCUCGGCGGGGUUGAUGCACGCGUUGGCCAAAGCUUGCAGCGCUGGACGCAUGGAGCGCUGCACGUGUGACGAGGCCCCAGACCUGGAGAACCGCAAGGCUUGGCAGUGGGGAGGCUGUGGAGACAACUUCAAAUACGCCAACAAGUUUGUCAAGGAGUUUCUGGGCAAACGCUCCAACAAGGACCUGCGUGCACGUGUGGACAUGCACAACACAAAUGUGGGCAUGAGGACAAUCAAAGCUGGAAUGGAGACCACUUGCAAAUGCCACGGUGUCUCUGGCUCCUGCACCGUCCAGACCUGCUGGAGGCAACUUCUGCCCUUCCAUGAGAUUGGCAAGCAGCUUAAGCAGCGCUACGAGACCUCUUUCAAGGUCGGCAGUUCCACCAAUGAGGCUACUGGGGAGGGAGAGAUCUCCACAGGCCGGAGCCAGCAGCAGCAGCAUUCACUGCCUGGGUUGAGCGAUCAAAUCCCCCGCACUAUGGACCUGCUCCACAUCGAGGACUCGCCCAGCUUCUGUAAACCCAACAAGUACUCGUCUGGCACUGCAGGCCGUAAGUGCUACAAGGACAAAAACUGCGACGCUAUCUGUUGUGGGCGAGGCCAUAACACGCAAAGUCGGGAGGUGACCGGGCCCUGCCAGUGCCAGGUGCGCUGGUGCUGCUAUGUCGAAUGCAAGCAGUGCACGCAGAGAGAAGAAGUCUACACCUGUAAAGGGUAAAGCCAUCACCUGUCAGACCCCUAGGAUCAGUGAAGCAUAUCGAUGAUGGUUGUGUUGAAGAUGACUGGUUGUUUUGUUCUCGUGCGGUGUUCUGUUCCCAGUAUCUGAACGACGUCAUGCAGAAAAAAAAAGAAGCAAUAAGCACUUUGAGGACUGUUUGUGGUUUAGGGUAUCAGGGGUCCUGCAGUAAAAAAAAAAAAAACUUUCUCAGACAACUGGGUCACCAUCUCAAGCUUUUUAUCAUAUUGUUGCC